AUGAAGGAAAGAAGAAUACCACUUGGACGGACGGGCCUUGGAAAGCCCAUCUAACUUCAAUUCUUCUUCUCCCUCAAAAGCCUGAACCCGUCAAGCGGGAAGAAGAAAUAAAAAAAAGAAAAAACCGCAGCAGAAAAACCCUAAGAAAAAAAAACACUAACCUGUCUUGCGUUCCCAGACAGGGCAGACCCGAAGAAAUGGAAGAUACGCAAAUCGAGGAGGGAGAGAGUCACGGAGACAACGAGGUUGCUCCAGCAUUGAUAGCGAUCCACCCCACCCAGAGUUCGGUUGCAGUCGCUGUCGGGUCGGACCUUCGUGUCUUCGAUAUCCAAGGUGAUUGUGCCGUCUCGUUAGUGGAUGAUUCCGGUGGGCGUUCCCACAAGGAUUCUAUAAGAGCUAUUCGCUAUGGGGCUAAUGGAAAGCUCUUUGUCUCUGCUGGUGAUGACAAACUUUUGAAGAUUUGGUCUGCGGAAUCUUGGCACUGCAUUGCUACCGUGUGUUCAGAGAAGAGAGUUAGUGCGGUAACAAUAAGUAAUGAUGGUUUGCAUGUCUGUUUUGCUGAUAAAUUUGGAGUUGUUUGGGUUGUUGAUUUGCAUGGGCUUGAUGGAAGUCAAGCCGUACACAACAAGAAGGCAGCACCGUUACUUGCUCACUAUUGCAGUAUUAUCACUAGCCUGGAAUUUUCCCCAGAUGGCAAGUACAUUGUUAGUGCAGAUCGGGACUUUAAGAUUCGUGUUACUGUUUUUCCUAAUAAGCCUUUAGAUGGAGCUCAUGAAAUACAAAGUUUUUGCCUUGGUCAUACGGAGUUUGUAUCAUGCCUUGCCUUUAUUUGCACCCCAGAUUAUCCCCAGGGUUUUCUUGUGUCUGGAGGGGGUGAUUCAACAGUUCGAUUGUGGGAUUUUACCUCUGGAUCUCUUCUUGAUACAUGUGAAGUUGGUGUGAAGGCAGGACAUUUAGAGUCUAAUGGAAGCGAACUGGCACAUUCUACUGUUACUGAUCUGUGCGCGCUCUCAGGUUCACUUGUAGCAGUGGCUGUUCAGAGCUUGCAAGCAAUAGUGUUAUUGAGCUGCGACCUCUCUACUCAAACUCUUUCUGUUGCCAAGCUGGUUUCCAUCAAAGGAGAGUGUUUCAUUCCUACUAGUCUUGGGAGUUGCACAGCCGGAGGACUAUUGUGGAUGGUAACAGGCGUCUCUAACCUGCCUGGGUUUGAUUACCCUUCUUUCUCUCGAGUGAAGGUUAUAUCCAGUUUAGAAGAAAGUACUCCUGAUACUAGCGACAGAAAGCCAAUUGUGUUGGAAGAUAAUCAAAUACCCGGGAGAGAAAAACUUCUCGAGAAGUUGCAAGGAAGUGUGUCGAUUGAGGGAAAGUUUUUCUUGGCUGCUGCUGAAUCUGUGAAGAAAGCUAUGUCCAAUUUAUUGAUUAAGAAGCAUUACCCUACAGAGAAUAGAGACUUCAGAAAGAGGACCAGAAAUGAUAGAAAAACCAAGCGGUGAAACUAAAUUCUCAUUCAAACCCAGUCCUUAAUUUGAGUUAUGAAGGGCAUUUUUGGUUUUCAGUAUUGAGCUGUUUUUUUGUAGCAUUACUUGAUCUUUACGUUAGAUUAUUAUGAUGCAAUAUUCUUGAUUUGAUAGGCUGCCA